AUGACCACCGACAACCGAGUUCUAGUGAUUCCAAUUCGCUCCUUCGCCGGUGUACGGAGCCGCUUCGGAUGCAGAGCAAGCAACUUCAACAACUCAGCGCGGACAGCUGCACUGGAUGCAGAGCUUCAGGAGGAAAGGCGAAGGUUUGCACCGGAGAGACAGGCUCUGUUUGAGUGCGUAAGAAAGCAAUUACCCGGAGCCAGCAAGGAGCGCUGCUGGGCAGAAGUGAGGAGAAUUUUUGAUAACGCCAUGAACUACGAAAAACGACGUCCUCUCGACCCUAAUUACGCCGUCUUUGCUAAGCCGAACUUGUCCCUUACGGACAGAGGAAGGAAGUACAAAGUGUACUUUCAUACCGGGAAAUUUGAUGUUUGUGCGAUUGAUGGCCGGGAGGCAUGGUCGUGCUGCCUGAACCCAAGUCGAAGCUCCAGAGGUUGCCAAGAAAAAACUGUCAACCCAGAUGCAUGGCACUUAUUGAGUCCCUUUUGA